UCUCUCUCUCUCUCUCUCUCUCUCUCUCUCUCUCUCUCGGCUAGCCACGUGGGGGGCCAUUUUUCUUUUGUUUUUUUCAUAGGAGAUGGCUAUGGUAGGAUCUUUGUCACGUUGUUUGGCGGAGGAGGAGCGGGAGGAGGAGCGAGACGAGGAGCGAGACGAGGAGCGAGACGAGGAGCGGGAGGAGCGGGAGGAACGGGAGGAGGGAUGGGAAAAGGAGCGGGAAAAGGAGUGGGAGGAACGGGAGCAGGUGCGGGAGAAGGAGCGGGACGGGAAAUGCGAAGGGGCGGAGGAGCCGUGGGAGGAGGAGCUGGAGAAGGAGGAGCGGCAGGGGAAACGGGGAGGGGAGAGUUUGUCGGAGGAGAGUGAUGUGGUGUCUAGUGGAUCGGAGAGGGUGUCAAGGUUGGGGGCGGUGAACUCAUCCGAGGAGGUGGUGGAGGUGGUGUCCUCGGAGGCCUCCGAUGUUGUGGAAGAAGCGAGGGCGGGGAGGGGCCAAUCGAGGAUCACAGUCACUGAUGAUGUUCUCGGGGAGGCCGUGAUGGCGAGCAACAUGGUCGAAGAAGAGUGUGGCGACGUCUUUGGCAUUGUGCGAGGUCGUGCAAGGGACGAAGUGGGCACGUUUGGUCAAGCGACGAAGUGGGUGGAUAUGGUAACUCCCAUGUGCUCACAGUUAACGUACGAAGGCCUGAUCGAUGAGUUUCUCAACAUAAGUAAUGGUGCUGUGGAGGUAGAUAGCUCAGUGAUGGCUGCACAGCCUCAAGGACCAGCAGCCACUCCAGCAUCCAAAAAGGUCAAAGUGCCACUCAAUUCAAGUGACAAGCUGUUUCGUGAGCUUCGAGAUGUGAACUUCAGCAUUGUAGGCCAGAUGCUUCGACAAAAGGCAACAGCAAUGAAAGAAGAUUACAAGGAAGUUGGGAAUCAGUCUGUCUCAGAACUGAAGGAGUUUGUAAAGAAGCUGAAUACUUUGCCAGAGAUAACG